CAAAAACUAAAGCUGAGAAAAAAUUGAAACUUAAGAAUUUAUGCAGUUUACUGCAUAAAAAUAUUGUGAAAAGAUGAACCAGCUGUGCAAAGUAUGCGGCGAACCAGCGGCUGGUUUUCAUUUUGGAGCAUUCACAUGCGAGGGCUGCAAGUCGUUUUUUGGCCGCACCUACAACAACAUCGCAGCGAUCGCCGGCUGCAAGCACAACGGGGAUUGUGUCAUCAACAAGAAGAAUCGCACGGCUUGCAAGGCUUGCCGACUGCGCAAGUGCCUGCUGGUGGGCAUGUCGAAGAGCGGUUCCCGUUAUGGCCGUCGCUCCAAUUGGUUCAAGAUACACUGCUUGCUGCAGGAGCAACAGGGCAGCGGCGCGGGCAUGAGCAAUGCCAGCGUGAGCAACGCCAACCUGGAUCAGUUGGCGCGGCUGCAGCAGGCGAGCAAUCAGGCGCGACAAACUUACCAGGACAAAACGAAUCCCUGCAUCAAAUCGGCCACGGCAGCCACUUCGCCCACCCUAGCACUGCAGACGACAACGGCAGCGGCAGCGGCAGCGGCAGCUACUGCCUCGACGCCAGCACCCAGUUUGCCUGGAUUUCUGCAAGCAGCCAAGUAUCUGAACGAGCAACAGCAGCAGCAGCAGCAGCACCGCCAGCUGAAGCUCGAGUCCCGCCUCAGCAAUACGCCCAGCGAUUCUGGCGCCUCUUCGGCCGGCGAUCCCACGGACGAUGGCACCAGCGUGCUGAGCGCCACGACGAGCAGCCUAAGGAAGGCGAUGCGGCAGAGCAGCUCCGCUUAUGCGGGCAGCUCCGAGGCGGACAUUGCGGAGCAGCAACAGCGACGCCACAAGGAGCUGCUGGAUAUCUUUCGCAGCCACUCGGAGCCGCUGUACAGCUCCUUUACGCCGUUCACUCUACCGCCAGCCUUCAUGGCCAGCAGUAUGCCGCCGUUGCCCAUCUUCAAGGAGCAAUUUAAGUCGGAGCUGUUAUUUCCCUUUCCAGCGAGCAGUCCGGCAGAGGAGGAGGAGCCCAUAGAUUUAUCGCUAAGAUCGCGAACGGAUGCUGUAAGUCCGACGGCAAACAGUUCCAACAGCCCACACAGUGAGUCAGCCAACCUGCCAUCCGCCUCGCCCUCCACCUUUGUGCGCAAGCCCACGCCCCUCGACCUGACCCUGGUCCGUUCGCAGACGCUCACAGGAUAGAGCCAUGGAAGCUGUUGUAGUUGUGAUUGCCCAGAAGCGAAGCCUGCAGAGUGCCAUAGGGCAGACCUAGCACACGCACUCUGCAGACCCUCUUGGCUUUUAGCAAACGAUUCGAUAUUGGUGCCAGUGAAAGUAUGUACAAAUAAAUUGUUUUUAGCUCAAUUACAGCAUUUAAGCGAUUCGAAACACUCUCGU